AUGACCAGGACAUGUCCUUGUGGUGCGAACUAUCUUCCAGUUGUGUUUGCAAGUAUUCUUUUUAUUUCAAUAAUUACUUCGUUUGUGAUAGCUGUUGCGCAGAGUGACAUAACGCCAUGGUUCCCUGCCAUCAGCGACACAGCAACAAAAUCUCCAGAGAGUAAUAUAUUUUCACAGUUGGUUAAUAUCGCAACGUUUAUUGGUUUAAUAUUGGUAUACAUUCGAUAUCUUCAAGUAAAACGCGAUGCUGAAUGGUUGGAAGGAGGUCGAACCACACUUGUCUUAAAUAGAUACAGUUUGCCUGCAGGACUCAUUGCUAUAUUGGGAUGUAGCAUUGUGGCCAACUUUCCUGUAAGUGUACUUUAA